AACUGAUCCACAUGGAAGAACAUCAUCGUACAAAAUACUACUGUCUCAUCUUAUACCUCCUCCUCCUCAUCAUUUCUAUUUCUAGGUUAUCAUUAGGUCGGGAGAUUCGGCCGACAGAACACGGUCUGGGUUUUCAAAACAGCGCCGUGGAAGACAAAGAUUCGCCGGAGAUGCGAUCGUUUUUCGGGACAAAGACGGCGGAGUCUGUCUAUCCAAUACCCACACACCACGGCGGCGGCGGCGGCGAUUCACAGUCGCGGUUGAAAAGAGAGGGCUUGCUUUUUGUGGCCACGUUCUUGACCGGAGCCGCCGGAGCCGGCAUGCUUAUUGCCGCCGGUCUGAUCUUUCUAUUCAAGAGGCGUUGGGCAAGGCCGCCGUCGCCGUCACUUGAGCAACAAAAUAAAUCUUUCAAUUCAUGAAAUUGGAAAGAGUUACCGCCUUUCAGUACUGGUAUAAUUUGAUGAGUAAAAUAAUUAUUUACUAUUUUAGUAAAAAUAUUUAUCGAGACAAAAUUAUAUUGUGAGUUAAUUAUUUAACCAGGUUUUAUAAAAUAUAAUUUGGUGAAUUAUGAUAUGAAAUCUAUUAAAUGUUCUAACGAAUUAGCUUAAUUAUUUGUUAAUUUUUACCUUAAUCAUUA